UUCUACGCUACUCGUUGCAGCUGGGCAUGACAGUCACCUGACUUGGCUCAACGUUUGGCAACAGAAACGCACGCCUUCUCUUGCCUUCUGGACUUGCAUCAUGAAAUAAGGUCACUUUAAUUAUUUGCGAGUUUAAAAACAAGUUAAAACUUUCGUGCUUAUGUCAGAGCGCAAGCAAAUGGUUUACUGUCGUUUACUGAGGGCAAGUUAUUCGGAAUCGCGACGCUUGGUCGCUAGCUGACUGCGGUAGCUUAUCAGAAAAGAACGUUUCCUCCUGCAUUUCACUGAUUUCAUAGGCCUAAACAAACUAGCUUUGGUUCAGUUAUGCUUUAAACGACUAAUUCUAGCUGUAUCAAGUAACGUUAUAUCGCCAGUCGCAAAAUAUCUGAAGUGGUACAGUGUAGCCAGUAGCAUAUGUAAGACACCAUGCCUGUGACUGCGGCUGUUAUUAGUGGGUUGCAGAAACUUGUCCUGUACGAGACAAGAGCGAGGUACUUUCUGGUGGGCAGUAACCAAUCUCAGACCUGCCACCGCGUGCUUAAGAUCGACCGCACGGAGCCACGAGACCUGGUCAUCAUCGACGACAAGCAUGUCUACAACCAGCAGGAGGUGCGUGAUCUGCUGGGGAGGCUGGAUCUGGGGAACCGGACCAAGAUGGGUCAGAAGGGCUCCUCAGGACUCUCCCGGGCCGUCUCCGCAUUUGGCAUCGUGGGGUUUGUGCGAUUCCUUGAAGGCUACUACAUUGUGUUGAUCACCAAACGCAGGAGGGUAGCGGACAUCGGCGGCCAUUCCAUUUACAAGAUCGAGGACACCAAUAUGAUCUACAUCCCCAAUGACUCUGUGCGUGUCACACACCCGGAUGAAGCCAGAUAUGUAAGGAUCUUCCAGAACGUUGAUCUCUCCAGCAACUUUUACUUCAGUUACAGUUAUGACCUGAGCCAUUCGCUGCAGUUUAACAUGUGUGUGUUGCGAGCACCAUAUGAAGGAGAAGAAGGUGAGGUGGAGAUCACCACAACCAGCAAACAAGACAGCUUCGACAUCUUUGAAGACGAGGGCAUUCCCACACAAGUGGUUCAGGGCAUCAGGAAUGAGCCCUAUGGCAAGUACGUGUGGAACAGCCGACUGCUGGACAAGGUGAAGGACACCCUGCAUUCUGAUUGGCUCUUGUACAUCAUCCACGGCUUCUGUGCCCAGUCCAAACUGUUGAUAUACGGUCGGCCGGUGCACGUGAGUUUGAUCGCCAGGCGCUCCAGUCGUUUUGCCGGCACACGCUUCCUCAAAAGGGGAGCCAACUGCGAGGGAGAUGUAGCCAAUGAGGUAGAGACGGAGCAGAUCAUCCACGAUGCGGCUGUGAUGUCGUUCACAGCAGGCAGCUACUCGUCUUAUGUGCAGGUGCGAGGCUCUGUGCCACUCUACUGGAGCCAAGACAUUUCCACCAUGAUGCCCAAACCACCUAUCCGCCUGGACCAGGCGGACCCGUAUGCCCACGUGGCAGGGCUGCACUUUGACCAGAUGCUCAGACGCUUUGGCUCACCCAUCAUCAUCCUCAACCUGGUCAAGAAACGUGAGAAGCGUAAGCAUGAGAAGAUCCUGAGCGAGGAGCUCUACCCAGCCGUCCUCAACCUCAACCAGUUCCUUCCGCCUGAGCACGCCAUCGAUUACAUCGCCUGGGAUAUGGCCCGGUACACCAAGAGUAAGUUGUGUAACGUGCUGGAUCGCUUAAGCAUGAUUGCUGAGAAUGUGGUGAAAAGAACCGGAUUCUUCGUCAACCGAUCCGACUUCCACUGCCACAGUUUACGGCCAGACGAGAGGUGGGGGGACUUGGGGGGACGUUUGACAUCCACUGGCAGACUUCAGACUGGUGUGUUACGGACUAACUGUGUGGACUGUCUCGACCGUACAAACACUGCCCAGUUUAUGGUGGGGAAGUGUGCCUUAGCCUAUCAGCUCUAUGCUCUUGGAAUGAUUGACAAGCCCAAGCUCCAGUUCGAUACAGACUGUGUCAGGUUAUUUGAGGAGUUGUAUGAGGACCAUGGCGACACACUCUCUCUGCAGUACGGCGGUUCUCAGCUGGUGCACAGAGUGAAGACCUACCGCAAGAUCGCUCCUUGGACACAACACUCCAAAGACAUCAUGCAGACCCUCUCACGAUACUACAGCAACGCCUUCUCAGAUGCAGACAGACAGGAUGCCAUAAAUCUCUUCCUGCAGGUGUAUCAGCCUGGGGAGAACAAGCCUCACCUGUGGGAACUUCCCACUGACUUCUACCUGCACCAGGCCAACACACUCAGCCUUCUGCAGGACCGACGCAGUUACACCUACUGGUGGUCUGAAGGAGUUCUGUCCCACCUGCCUCUUCCGUAUGAUGAAGUACCUUGUGAGGAUAACCGUAAGAAGGUGGCGGUGAAGCGUGUGAACCGGUUUGACGAGAGCAUCGACACCUACACCGAGUUCUACAAGCCGUAUGAGCUCACGUCGUUCGACGACACCUUCUCCAUCUCCAUGACCAACUCGGCUCGGGAGUUCAUGCCCAAAACUGUAGGAGUGGAUCCCAGCCCAUUCACUGUACGCAAACCAGAGGAAACUGGCAAAUCAGUACUGGGGAAGAGCAGCAAGGACGAGACGGUGCUGCAGCGUAAGACGGCGGCCAGUGCCCCCCCUCCCCCCUCCGAGGAGGCAGUGUCCAGCAGCAGCGAGGACGACUCAGAAGACGAGCGAGAGGACGACGGCUCCACCUCCCAGCGCUCCACCCCCAUCAAGCUCGUCGAAUCGGGAGACAACGUCCGAGUGCAGGAGGAGACUCAAGCUCAGCCAAUGAAAGAGCCAUAUGGACUUAACCUCACAGAGCCCCUGGCUGACGAGGACCUGCUCAUCUACCACAGGUUUGCUCAUUUGGGUCAAAAUCAGCACAAGGUGGAGAGAUCGGAUCAUCCAGCUGAAUACAGAAACCCAGCCCAUAUCCUAAACCUAGCCCCGGUGUCUUACAUCUCUGGUGACAGCAUCUACGAGGUGUGUGUGCCGCACGUGUGUGCGGAGAGUCGGGAGCUGUUUGAAGCGCACGUCCAGGUCGGCCACGGAGCCAUCAGGAGUUUGUGCAGAGAAGACAUGCUCAUGUACCGGGAGUACAUCAAGAACCGCUAUAUGUAACACACACACACAAACCUCAUCUAACAAAAGCACAUCAAGAACCGCUAUAUGUAACACACACAACUCAUAUACCGGGAAUACAUCAAAAACCACUACACCCGCGCACACACACACACACACACACACACACACACACACACACACACACACACACACACACACCAUACUCCCAGACACUCUCUUUCAUAAAUAGAUGCUUUGACAUUUAUUUUGAAUCCUCGUACUGCCAGAGGAUCUGAAGACUAUGGUGCAUUCUAUUUAACACCCCACAUUUACUUCAAGCAUGCCUCAAAACCCCCUUUUUAAAAGUAUGUGUGCGUGUGUGUGAUGGAGAGACAGACAGAAAGAGAUGGGGAGAGUGGAAGAGAUGAAUGAACCAGCUUCAAAAACUAGGCCUUUUUAAGAUCCAUUAACAGAAGCAUGGGAUACAUUUAAUGGGCAUUCAUCCA